AGCAGAGAAAUUGGCCCCGGGCUAGCCAUCCUCCACUUCCCCACCAGGGGCGGGGGUGAAGUCUGCAAACCUAAUGAGGGGGAGAGCCCAUGUAGCCCCUGCAUCUGCAGCCACCAGAGGCCCCGGGCUCAUUCCUGCCUGGACACACCAAGAGAGGGCAGCUCCAGAGGACCUCCGCUGGCCCCCUCCCCCCACCGGCACCCCCAGCCUCUGGCCACAGCCAGCGGACCUGAUCGACUGAAGAGUCCCAGCCUAGGCACACGGAGGCUGGUCCCUGUUUCUCAGACUUAAGAGCACAAUCACUUGGAAACUCUGCAGUUUGGGAACUCUUGAACCCAGGAUCACUCACAAGCAGAGCCCAGUGGACCCAGAGUCAGGCGGGCAGGUCAUGGAGGGCUCAGGCGAGAGGCUGGUCCUCAAUGUGGGGGGGGUGCGCUAUGAGACGUACCACAGCACUCUGCGCGCCUUCCCUGGCACACGACUCUACCAGCUGACGGAGCCCCCCAUGGGUGGUACCCUGGCCCGGGAGGUCUUCUUUGACCGUAGCCCCCACCUCUUUGGCUACGUACUGGGCUACUACCGAACACGCCAGCUUCACUGCCCCCCAGACAUAUGCCGGGCAGUGCUGGAGGAAGAGCUGGCCUUCUGGGGGCUGGCCGAUGCCCCUUUGGCCCCCUGCUGCUGGCUGAAGCUCAGCGGUGGUGAUGGACGGGCGGAAGACUUCCACGCCUGGGAGGAGAGCGAGCUGGGUGAAGAGCAAGGCCUCCUGGGACCCAUCGAGAGCCCCAGCUCCACCAGGGCCCAGGGGACCUGGAAGCCGUGGCUGUGGACUCUACUUAACCAGCCCUGCUCCUCCCUAGCGGGCAAGUGUGCUGCCCUCCUCUCCAUGCUAUUCCUCCUGGGUGCCUUGGUCAUCUUCUUCCAAGAAACCUCGGUGCAGCUGGACUACUUUACGUCCAACUUCCGGCCUCUGGAGCCCUGGGAUGGUGAGAAGGAGGGCCUGCCCCCACCUCAGGCCCCGAGCCCAGGCCUGGUGUACCAGCGAGCUCCUCACCUUCUCUACUUGGAACUGCUCUGUGUGCUGUGGUUCGGGGCCGAGCUGCUGGCUCGUAGCAUCUCCUGUCCCAACAAGGUCCAGUUCCUCCGCAGCCCCAUGACCCUGGUUGACCUGGCAUCCCUCUUCCCUGUGCUGGUGGAGCUGGCGGUGGGCCGCCGGGCUGAGCGCCACCCCCGCCUCUGCUUGGUGCUGGGCGCCCUGCGGGUGCUCUACGUGCUUAAGCUGGGCCGCCUCUUGGGGCUGGUGGAGAAGCCCCUGGCACUCCGGGUGCUGGCUCACACGCUGCGCUCGUCCUGGCGUGAGGCUGGCCUUCUGCUCCUGCUCUGGGCCGGGGAGAUCUUGCUGUUCGGCUCCCUCUUCCUGUACGGGGAGCUGCUGGGCACCGGCCAUGGCCAGGGCCAAAGCGAGGUACAUUUUGCCGACAUCCUCACCUGUUUCUGGUGGACAGUGAUCACCCUUACCACCGUGGGCUACGGGGACAUCUACCCCAUGUCUGCCUUGGGUCAGGUGACAGCUGCCAUCACCGCCAUGGCGGGCAUGCUGACCAGUGUCCUCCUGGUGCCCAUCCUCCUGGUCCGCUUUCAGAGAUGCUACGCCGUGGCUCUGGCGCGUCAGAAGCUGAGGCCCAGCGGGACUCUGUGAUGGGACAGGCCCCAGGCCCCUCGGGGAGAAGGCAUGGGACCCCAGGUGCCUGCCCUGACUCUUUCAGUACCCCAGGGAAAGCGUAACAGGAAGCCCACCUGUCCUCCUGUCCUUGCCCACACAACUCCAUGCCCAACCUCACCAGGUGAUUCCUUACCCUUCUCCUGCUUCAUCAAACAAUCUUAUAGCUACGUUCUGGCCCAAGAUGAUCGGGGUCAGGUUCAGGCCCACAGUAGCGUUGCUGGGGCCUUUUGGGGGGGUGGACAGGUGUCCAUAGCUUGGAGUCAUUCACCCUCCGUCCCCACCCGUCCUCAUAGUCACAGAUCGAGAGCAAGAAGAGAUCUUGGAGGUCAUCGGGUCCAUCCCCCUCAUUCUGGAGAUAAGAAAACUAAGGCAGCCCUAGGUAAAAUGACUCACCCAGGGUCACACAGCCCCUAUGUGCCAAAAGUGGAAUUUGAACCCAGGCCUUCCUGAUUCCAAGUGCAGUACUCUAUCCAAUACCUUAAGCUGCCUUCAUCUCCUAAAAGGGUAGGAAUGGAUGGGCCUCCAUGGCUCUCUGCCCCCUAGCCCCCAAUUCCCAUCCCACCAUCCAGGUUCUAAUCUAGAACUUGUCAGCCACAUGGACAGCUGGUGGAAGAAGGCGGGAUUGGAGAAGGUACAGUUCCCAGGCACAGACACUAGAUGUCAGUGGCAGCGCUCUAUGGUGGUGGGGGUUGGGACUGGAGGCAUAUGCAUAUUGUAAGAGCAUAGGAGUUAGAGCUAGAGGGACCCUGAGAAAUGAUCUAGUCUGACCCCUUCGUUCUAAAGAGGAAGAAAUAGGCCUAUUGCCCAAGGUCAGAGAAAUAAGCGGGAAUUUGAACCCAGGUCCUUCUGUUCCAAACCCAAUGUUCUUACCAUUGGACCCCACACCCACACCCACACCCAACUCCAGCUCUCCGCUGGACAUUUUGGCAGACUCCCAGCAAUUUCUCCUGCACCCAGUCCCCUUCCCAGAACCCUCCCAGGGGACCAAAAGUCUCCAUGUAUUAUUGCUUAUGUAGCUACCUUGUGCUUCCCAGGAAGGGGAAUGAGCUGUUAUAAAGCAGACUAAAUUCUACCCUUAGCACUGUCAGUAUUAUUUGGUUCCCCUUCCAGGGUCCCUAUUACUAUUGGGAUCCCCAUUUGACAGAUAAGGAAACUGAGGCUCAGAGAGGUCUCACUUCCCAUCCAUUCUCUCAUGUGCUCAUCACUGUGAAGAGAUGAUGAAAUUGACACCUAGAGAGAGGGAGCAAUUCACUCAAAGUCACAUGACAGUGUGAGAGCCAGGAUGAGGACUCAGGUCUCCUGCCCCACAAGCCCUGGGCUCCUUCCCCUAUUAGACUGAAGUCAACUUGUUGGGUCAACAACAACACUGACCCUCUAUGGUCUAAAGGUAUAUCAGUGGGGCAGCUGGGUGGCCCAGUGGAUAAAGCACUGGCCCUGGAUUCAGGAGGACCUGAGUUCAAAUCUGGCCUUAACACUUACUAGCUGUGUGACCCUGGGCAAGUCACUUAACCCUCAUUGCCCCACCAAUAAAUAAAUAAAUAAAUGAAGGUCUGUUCGCAAGGGCCUGUAUGAUUAGAGGCCACAGGCUGGGUAGAUCUUUAACUAGACAGAAUCAAGAGCAGUCUACACAGGCCAAGAAAGAACACAAGCUGUCAAAGCUUUGAAAUCAAUAACUCUAAUUCUCCCAUUUUAUAGAUGGGAAAACCCAAGUCCAGAGAGGGAAACAAUUCAACCAAGGGUAUAUAUGUACAACAGUGUGAUCUAGAGCUGAAAGGGACCUCAGAAGGAGUCCAACUUUCAUUCUACAGAACCAGGAAUUACCCUCAUUUGGCUAAUAUCAUAUGUGACAAUAACGGAGUUGCAACUCAAAUCCAGAUCAGCUGACUCUAAAUGCAGUGCUCUUCCCACUAUACCCAGCCCCCUUCAUGCCCUUUUCACAGUCUCAACUUUGUUGUAGGGAGAUUCUCCUCCACUCCCGAGACUCCAUUGCCCAAGCCAACUCUUAAGCCUGGCCUGCUGGGGUCAACUUUCCUGGUCACUAAAUUCUCAUUCUUCUGACAUUGACUGGGACACAAUCUUACUACAUCACUCAAUUACUCAAGAUAUUCUGUAACUCUGACUCAAACCACCAACUUCUCAACUUGGUAUUCAGAACCUCUUACGGUCUGGCUCGAGCCUACCUUUCUAGCCGAAUUGCACAUUACUGUCCUUCACACACUCUAUGCGCCAAUCAAACCACCCCACUUGCCAUUCCGUUCGUUCUCCAAACUCAGCGUUCCCUCUCUGGCUUUUGCAGAGGCUGGAGUCCACUCCCAGUUCACCUCCGCCCCCUCUUGUGGGAAGCCCUUCCUAUUCCCCAUAGUUAUCAGUGUUCCCUUCUACCUUUUCAAAUUAUUAUAUAUAUGCUUAUCUCUUUGCAUGUUGUACCCCACCUCCCCCAAGGAGAAUGGAAUAUAAACUCCCUGAGGGCACUAACUAUUUUCUUUCUGUCUUUGUAUACUCAGCAUCUAGGACA